AAGCUUACAAAGAUGUUAAUAAUAUACAUAUUCCUAUGAAAGAAGCACUUAAUGAUGCUCAGAUCAUUGAAACUUUAUUAGUAAAGCAAUUAGAAAAUAAGCAAGAUAAUCCAGAUAAUUCUAAUAAAGAACCACUAAAGAUUUUUGCUUCUGAAGAAUUAAACAGAUUAAAAAAUUUUAUCUUAUUUGCUGAACAACAUAUAUCAGCAAACCAAAAUAUGACAAUUAAUAAUAGAUUUUUUCUUAAUGAUUUGGAGUUCUCGAACAAUGAUAAUGGCAUUUAUGAUAAUAAUUAUUUUUUUGAUAACAAUGACUUUCCUAACAAUGAUCAUUUUUCAGAUAAUAAUGACUUUCUUGAUAAUGAUUAUUUUUCUGAUUCUAACUAUUUUUCUAAAUAUAAAAGGUUUUUUAAUAACUAUAAUAGUUCUUCCAAUGAUAUUAUAACUAACUAG